CGAUAGGUGAAUCUCCAUUUAUCUCUCUCACACACAAACACACAAAAACACACACUCUCAAAAUCCUCAUUUCUUUCGCAUUUUGCAAAGAUUUCAAGCCUCUGAUUUCUGUCUUUAAAGCUCCGUAUUUCUCGCUCGAAUCUCCUUCAAUCCCCUAACCAGACUACAGAAGAAAGUUUCCAAAAAUGGUUGCGAAGUGUCUGGAUUCAUUAAGAACCGACUAGGGUUUUAGUUACUUAAAACCUCAACUUGCUAAUGGAAUUUGUAUGAAUUAUAAUUGAGUUUUCGACAAUGACAUUAAAUUCCGGUGCGCCGCGUCCGCCGUUUGCAUUGCGGUUACGGGAAGCAGAUUUUCUUCCCACGGUGUUACUCCAGCGGAAGCUUUUGAUUCUACGAGGUGAUUUCAGGUUUAAAUGUUGCUGUUCCGAUAAGGUUGUGCCGAUUCGGAGUGUUGUUACUGGUGCCGGACGUAAGGGUGUGGAUAAAAUUGAAGAAUGGCCGAGUGAUUUGAGCAAGAGGGUUCAUAAAGUUCGAGUACAAGCUUCAUCUGCAUGGUCUUUUGCUUCAUCUCAACCUCAGCUGGCUUCAAGACAAGAAAAGUUUUUUCCACGUUGUACCCCUAGAAAUUCUGGCCCACAGUCUCGCGACACUCCACCAAAAAGAGAUACGGGUAUUGCAAAUGAGAAGGACAUGGGCAUCAAUUUGUUAACUGAAGAUGUUAAUGAAUCUAGCAUUAAUGAGGAUGGUAGUAGCUGGUAUAGAGAAAGUGGAGAGGACUUGGGUGAAAAUGGAUAUAGAUGUAGAUGGACAAGGAUGGGUGGUCAAAGCAGUGAUGCCUCUUCAAAAUGGAAAGAAUCGUGGUGGGAGAAAAGUGACUGGACUGGAUACAAAGAGCUAGGUGUUGAGAAAUCUGGAAGAAACUCUCAAGGGGAUUCAUGGUGGGAAACAUGGCGAGAAGUUAUUCACCAAGAUGAAUGGAGUAAUAUAGCAAGGAUAGAAAGAAGUGCACAAAAACAAGCAAAAUCAGGCACAGAAAAUGCUGGAUGGUAUGAGAACUGGUGGGAAAAAUAUGAUGCGAAAGGGUCGACAGAAAAAGGAGCAAAUAAGUAUGGUAGACUAAAUGAGCAGUCAUGGUGGGAAAAGUGGGGAGAGCAUUAUGAUGGAAGGGGAUCCGUUCUUAAAUGGACAGACAAAUGGGCUGAGACUGAAAUUGGGACGAAAUGGGGAGACAAAUGGGAGGAGAAGUUUUUUUCUGGUGUUGGAUCUCGUCAAGGAGAGACAUGGCAUGUCACUCCUGCUGGUGAACGAUGGUCAAGGACAUGGGGUGAAGAACACUUUGGGAAUGGAAAGGUGCACAAAUAUGGCAAAAGCACAACCGGGGAAAGUUGGGAUAUCGUUGUAAAUGAGGAAACGUAUUACAAGGCGGAACCUCACUAUGGAUGGGCUGAUGUAGUUGGUGACUCGACUCAAUUGCUAUCCAUACAACCUCAAGAGAAACCGCCAGGUGGCUAUCCGUAUCCUGACUUCGGAUCCUUUCCACCACCACCUCAAGGCAGAGAUCCGCCAUCGAUGCCGCCAAGAAAUCAAUGAAGUGUAAUAGGUUUCUAGAAUCAUCUGUAUUAUUUAGCUCUCGUUUGUAAUCAGCAUUUAUUCUUGCAUG